GCGGUUUUGUUCAAAAUAUAAAAUUAAAAACAAGAAAAGGAAGGACUUUCAAAUUUGAAGAUGCCAGGAACCCGUACCUUGUGACACCACUAUCGUUAAAACCGAGGACAAUCUAAAAGUAAUGACAUCACAAUGCCACGUAGACAUUCUUCAAAGAAACCAGGAUGCUUCAAUCUGGUGAAACCCUCGUUGAUGUUCACAGAAAGCCCACCAGAACGGUUACCCAAACGUCUCUGUAGUCCCACCAAUGCAGCUGAUAAUCCUAUCACCGCACAGGUCCUCUAUCUGGAAGAUGGCCUUGAAACAACAUGGGUAUCCCCUCAGUUCCAUCCUGCUAUGCUGGAGAUGGAAGAGCCCCCAAGACGAAGGAGGAGGAAGAAACAGGAUGGAAACGUCACAGGAAAGUCUGCGAUGGCAAGCCAACCGACCGCCAAGAAACAGAGGCCAGUCCGGAAGUCUACAUUGACCACGCCCAACCCUGAUGCGAGAAGGUUUAACAAGGGAAUCAAGCCUCUCAAGUUUCUUGGUGACUCAUCCCGGAAGGGAAGGGAUGGGCAGGAGUCAGGGAUGAGUGUUUUAGAUGACCUUGAGGCUGACCUGGAGGAUGUGAGAAUCGAUGAUGGAGACGAGGAUGUUUGGUCAGAGGAUAGUGCAGUGUUUAAGAAAGAAGAUAGGAGAAGGAGAUCAUCUACAAAGGGUGUAUUACAGAGGCUUGGAAAUGGUGAGGGGAUUGGUGCAGGAUUUAUCGACUACUCUAGAACUUUGCAUGAUGUCUCGCACAGGAUGCAUAAGCAGGGUCGAGUGGAUACUGGUAGGAGAUCUGUCACACGGUCAAGGAUAUCAUCUGUGGGAGGUUCGCAUGAUGGCAACCACCAUCCUUUCAUGGAUGGUGAUGGCGGUGAAGGUGACUUUCACCAACCAGGGCUGACGGUGCUAAGAGAGAAACCUUUGACAAGCAACACCUCUGGGCUGCAUCACACCAGGAUGCAUCCACGUGACCUUUCCAUUUCACCCAAAAAUUUCAACAACCUUGAUGACAUUGAUGACCGUUUCCCCCAUGAACACAAAGAUUACGGUCAGAGUCCAUAUUUUCAUAGGCAGAAGAUCCAAGCAAGAGGCGAGUCUGCGAGGAAGAAACUCAAACAGUUCGCUGCACAUCCAGAUCAAUACGGGGACACUGGUUUACAUUUUGAGGACCAACAACUUCUUGCCAACCUUGAUAAGACUGGAAUUGAUGGACAAACUAAGGGAAGAGUUCUUGCUGCAGACACGCCGGUAUCAGACUAUGGUUUGCGUGUUACUCUUAGACGCAGAAGGCAUCUUCUGCCUAAACAUUAUACUGAGAGGUUGCUCCUAGACUCAUGAUUAUGUAACUCUAAAAGUAAUAGACAUCAGAGAGG